AAGAAACAACUGUUUUGAAGUAUGGGAUGAGAGCAGCACCAGAACACCGUCCCUGAAAGUUGGAAGAAAAGUGCACUCAUAUGAGAAUGAAUAAAAACAACCUGACAAAUGCCCAUUCCUACAUGUGCUCUGUGUAACAAUGAGUUAAUCUCUCCAGCCCACUAUUGCAGCUCCUGGUAUGUGAAGGAGUGAGAGUGCACAGUCCCAAACCAGUCCUGUUCAGAGGUCUUUGCUGUAAAUGCUCCCUAGUGCUGCUCCCUGGGAGCCCGUUGCACCUUUGAGGCUGUGCACCUACAGGCAUUGCUCACAGUGCCAGCUGCAUCUUCACCAGCUUCCCAGAGAGCUGAGCAGGUGUGGCUGGUGGACCACUGCUGUGUCAGCAGCCCUGUGAUGCCCUGCUGAGCAACAACCUGGGUUCACCCACCAUGCCUCAUGUGCCGCUUCCAUCCCACCAGGCACAGAUAGCAGCUUAUCUUGAGGAGUUCGACCAUUACUAUUCCUUGACUAAACUCAUGUCCAUCUACCAAGCAACCAACAGGACCACCUUCAACUGGACAGACAGCCGCAUUGUGGAGUGGGAGAAGUUUGCGGAGCUGGCUCGAUACGAGCCAGAAUCCCAGAAACCAACUGUGAAGGCUCUCCUGAUCAUGGUGUACUCAGUGAUUAUCAUCGUGUCUCUCUUUGGGAACGUGCUGGUGUGCCAUGUGGUCCUGAAGAACAAGAGGAUGCACUCGGCCACCAGCCUGUUCAUUGUCAACCUGGCCGUGUCUGACAUCAUGAUCACACUGCUCAACACACCCUUCACUCUGGUUCGGUUUGUGAACAGCACCUGGAUCUUUGGGAGGGCGAUGUGCCACGUCAGCCGCUUCGUGCAGUACUGCUCGCUGCACGUCUCCACGCUCACCCUGACAGCCAUCGCCCUGGACAGGCACCAGGUCAUUCUGAACCCACUCAAGCAAAGGAUGUCUCUGACAAAAGGAGCGCUGAGCAUCGCUGUGAUCUGGCUGCUGGCUGCCUGCUUCUCCCUGCCCCACGCCAUCUACCAGAAGCUCUUCCAGUACAACUACAGGGAAGCCACCGUGCGGAGUCUGUGCCUCCCGGAUUUCCCUGAGCCUGCAGAGCUGGUCUGGAAGUACCUGGACCUGUCCACCUUCCUGCUGCUCUACCUGCUGCCGCUGCUCGUCAUCACCGCCACCUACACGCGCCUGGCCAAGAAGCUGUGGCUGCGCAACGCCAUCGGUGACAUCACCAUGCAGCAGUACAUCGCCCACCACAGGAACAAGAAGAAGAGCAUCAAGAUGCUGGUGCUGGUUGUGGUGGUCUUUGCUGUCUGCUGGUUUCCGCUCAACUGCUACGUAGUGCUCAUCUCCAGCCUGGGCAUCAAGACCAACAACUCGCUCUACUUUGCCCUGCACUGGUUUGCUAUGAGCAGCACAUGCUACAAUCCCUUCAUUUACUGCUGGCUGAAUGAGAGCUUCCGUGCGGAGCUCAGAGCCCUGCUGUGCAUGUGCCAGCACACGGCUCAGCCACAAAGCACUGCGCAGCUGCCCAUGGCCGUGUCCUGCCGCGAGGCCUGGGGGCAGAGAGCUGGAUGCAUGAAGGGGCCCUCAUCAAACAGCGUUUGCUCCACUGUGCUCAUCCCAACAGCCAGCAGUGGCCUGUGAACAAGGGUGGCAAUGGAUGGAGUUUGGCAUGCAUCUGAAGGAAGGACUUUUGUAGCCAGGUGAACCUCAUCUGUAGGGAUUCCCCCAGAUAAUUCAUAGUAAAGCCUCCCAUCAGAGUGCGGGUGUAGCAGAAAUGCUAACUCGGGGUUGGAGAAGUGAUGGGAAGGCAGGGCCAACCCA